UGCAGUCGUCACUCUCCUCUGGCCACCAACUCCCCGCUGCCCUGCGUGCGGCGGGCUGGCAUCGGGCCCGGGGCGAGCAGAGCAGUUCGAUGUGGCUCUAUUUGUGGUGAGGCGAGGGAAAACCGGAGACAGACAAGAGAGCUGCACAGGAUCUAUGGAGGUUAGUGGCUUCUCAUGUUGGAAGUAGGGCUUUUUACUCCUGAAAGCAAGGGAAAGAGGGGGAGACUGUUUCGGAACUGUGGAGGUUGGUAUAAAGAUCCUCCUGCAUGUCUGCUUCAGGGUCUGAGGUUCUUGGAAGCAAGGAAGCAAAGAGGAAAUUAUCUCUGAUCAGAGUAACUGGUCUAAAGGCCUCAUGACUCUAUAUACUUUAAGAGCGCUUCACCAAGCAGAAGAAGGACAGAAGCGGGAACUUCGUUCACUCCAGGUCUACUUCCAGGGGCAGCUCUGCUGGCCUUUAAGUGGUUAAACACCAUUGCCCAGACACACCAUCCUCUUUCCUAGCCCAAGUGAGCCCUCCUAUAUAUUGUCCGUGCCUUCAGCAGGGGUGAUUACAUGGGCCGUGUACAGGAUGUGGGCUGGGCGACUGCAGGACUGGUGAUCUGGGCUGGUACCUGCUACUGCAUUUACAGAUUAACCAAGGGAAGAACUCAGAGUGUGAGCGGACAUGCCAGAAAUGGGUCCAGAAUCGAGACGGAGACUGUGGUUGGGGAACAGAACCAGACCUUGGCCACAAGUGAAGCCAUGGCUGGAAGAGAGGCUGAGACUAGAGUCAAGACUGAACCAGAAACUGGAGAAGGAGGUGAGCCUGUGGCUGAAGUAGACUCCAAGGUCCCCGUUCUAGUUAGACCCAGUGUCAACUGUCAGGCCAAGACAAUGCUUGAGGAAGAGAUAGAGACCCAGUGUGAGACCAGUUCGUUGGUGGAAACAAUGGUCAUGACAGAGGCAGUGACUUUGACUGAAUCCACAUCCCAAGCCAAGGAAGUAACCAUGAAAGAGGCAGUUACACAAACUGAUGCUGAGGCUGAGGCAGUAGGCAAGAAAGAGGCAGUGACUCAGACCAAAGCUAAAGCUUGGGCAAUGGCUGGCAGGGCAGAGGUCAAGAAAGAAGCAAUGACCCAGACCAAAGCAGAAGCUCGUAUAUUGGCUGAAAAAGAGACAGAGAUUAACAGAGUAACAGUGACACAGAGUGAGGUCUUGGCAGUGACCAAGGAAGUAGUCAAGAUUGGAACCAUGAAUGAGACUGGAAUUGUGGCUGAAGCCAUGAUAAGACCACUGGAAGAGACUGUGAGUGUGACUAGAACUCAAUCUGAGGCUAGGCUUGAUGCUACAGUUGACACUAAGGAGAAUCUUAAUGAUAUGUCUGUCGUAGUGACUGGAGUGGACACGAAGUCCUAUGCACAGUCUCAGGCUGUGGCCAUAAUCCAAAAUGAUGAUAUGGCUGGUGCUGAGGCUGACAAGGAGGAUCUCAAAAACAUGUCUAAGGCAGGGUCUGGGGUAGAUACGAAGGCUUCUGGUCAGCCUCAUAUUGCUGCCAACAGCCUGGCUGAAGCUGUGCCAGGGGCAAAGAAUGAUGCUUGUGACACUGCAAAGGACAUUUGUGAAGCAGAGGCAGAUAUAAGAACUUGUUUAAUACAACCUGAGACUGUGGCCAAGAUAGAGACUGAGGCAACGUCCGAUGCUGUGAUGGAUGGUGGGAAAGAUGCUAAUGUUAAGGCAAUGACUGAUGCUAAUGUAACGGAUACCCAGCCUCAAGCUGUAACCAGUGAUCAGACUGAAGCCAUGCCUGAUGCCAAGGUUAAGGGUAAAGGUAAUGCCAGUGCCAUGGCUAAAGCAGGGGCCAAGGCAAACACCAAAACCAGUUUGCAGACUGAUGCCUUGCCUGAUACUGGGGAUAAAAACAGAAGUGAUAACAAUGUCACAGCUAAGGCAGAGGCUGGAAUAGACAUGGUUUCCUGUACCCAGACUGAGCCUGCGGCCAAUGUCCAGGGUGAUGACUUGCCAGAUGGCAAAAUCAAGGCUAAGGACAAUGCCAAUACCACAUCUAAGGAAGGAGCUCAGGCUACGGCCCAGAGCCAGGGUGAAGCCUUACCUAAUACUAAAGGUAAGGCUAGAGGUAAAGCCAAAGCCAAGUGUAAGGCAGCGGCUGGGACAGACACAAAAACGUGUGCACAGCCUCAGGCUGGGACCAAAACUCAAGCUGAGGCCUUGUCUGAUUCCAAGGUUGAUAGCAAAAGUGACUCUAAUGCCGUUUCUAAAGCAGGGGCAAAGUCAGACCAGAAAGCCUGUGGUCAGCCACAGCCUGUGGUCAAUUGCCAGAAUGAGGCCUUGCCUGGUACUAAGAAUAAGGUCAAGGGCAAUCCGAAUCCUAUGCCUAAGACAGAGGCGGGGACAGCUACAACAAGCUCUGCCCAGACUAAUGUGACCAGUUCCCAGGGUGAGACCACACCUGGAGCCAAGAAUAAGGCCAAGGGGAAUCGGAAUUCUGUGCCUAAAGCAGGGGCUGGGCCAGAUAUGACAGGUUCUGCCCAGUCCCAGACUGUAGCCAAUUCCCACAGUGAGGCCUUACCUGGUGCCAAGAAUAAAGUUAAGAGCAAUCCCAAUGUUGUGCCUAAGGCAGAGGCUGGGGUGGGCGCCUGUCCCCAGUCUGUGGCCGCUUCCCAGGGUACUGCCUUGACUGGUACCAAGACUAAGGUCAAGGGCAAUUCUACUACUGUGUCUAAACCAGAUGCCGGGGCAGGUACACUGGGCUCUGCCCAUGCCAAGACUGCAGCAAAUUCCCAGGGUGAGACCUUACCUGGUUCCAAGAAUAAGGUCAAGGGUAAUUCCAAUGCUGUGCCUAAGGCAGAAGCUGGGGCAGGUACAACGGACUCUAAUCAGCCCCAGGCUGAGGCCUUGCUUGGUGCCAGAAAUAAGGUCAGGGGUAAUUCCAGUUCUGUGCCUAAGGCAGAGUCCGGGGCAAGUACAAUACUGGCUUUGGCUUCUUCCCAGGCUGAGGCCUUGCUUGGUGCCAGAAAUAAGGUCAGGGGCAGCUCCAACGCUGUGCCUAAGGCAGAGGCUGGGGUAGGUGCAAGGGGCUCUGCCCAGUCUCAAGCUGUGAUCAGUUCCCAGAAUGAAGCCUUGCUUGGUGCCAGGAACAAGAUUAGGUCCAAUGCUGGUACUAAAUCAGGAGCAAGAACAGGUACAAGGAGCUCUGCUCAGCCCCAGGCUGUGGUCAGUUCUCAGAAUGAGGCUUUGCUUGGGGCAAGGGAUAAAGGUCUAUCCAGUUCGCAGGUAGAAGCCACUGUAGACAAUAGGGUCUAUGCAAAGCCUAUGGUAGGGGCUGUGCCCACUUCUGAAAUGGUGACUGUGGCAGGUGCCCAGACUAAUGUUCAUGACUAUUACUGGAAUGGGAUUGGUGUUGAGGACUGGAUUGCUGCUGAGAGGUGGAUCAAAUUUAGGUUUCAGACUAUAGAUGGAGACUGGGAGAAUAGUGUAUCCUGGACUGAGGAUGAGAGUGGAGCCAGUAUUGGGCCCUGGACUGGGGCGGCUAAUGACAAGGCUGGCAUUGUUAGCUCCUGGGCUGUGGCUUGUGAUGAAAGUAGCAUUAAGUCCUGGACUGGCGCUAGGCCUGAGAAUGAGGUUGCUCUUGGGUCCUGGGUAAGUGCUGGUGAUCAGGCCACUGGAGCAAUCUGGGCAGGAGCUCAGACUAGUGAUGGGACCUGGGUUGCAGACAAAGCCAGUGGAAGUUCCUGGACUGGGGCCGACCAGAUCAGUGCAGGUUCUUGGGUUGUCUCUGGAAACCAGGCCAUUGCUGGGCCCUGGGCUGUGAGUCAGGUCACUGAUGGGUCGUGGCCUGCGGUCCAGGCUAGUGGAGUGUCCUGGGUUGUGGACCAGGCUACUGGGACCUGGACAGUGGCUGAGAACCAGACUGGUGCAGUGUCUUGGGCUGGAGCUGGCAAUAUAGUUAGUAUUGGAUACUGGACUGGAGCUGUAGACCAGACCAAUGCAGUGUCCUGGACAGGAACUACUGAUCAGGUUGGUGUUGAGGCUAAGCCAAGGUUUGAAGAUCAGGCCAGUGAAAAGGGGUCUUGGGUUGUAGCUGGUGUCCAGACUAGUGGAGAGUCCAGGUUGGGACCUGAGGAUCAAUCCAGUGGAAGGUCUUGGACUGAGACUGUAGACCAAGCCAGUGCGGCAUCCAGGCUUGGAACUGUAGAUCCAGCUGGUGGUACGUCCUGGGUUGGAACCGGAGACCAGGUUGGUGGAGUAUCUACAUCAGGGUCUGCAGACCAGUCCAGUAGUGGAUCAUGGGCUGGCACGAGGAAUCUGGCUGGGGAAAGGUCUUGGACUGGGACUGGUGAUCAGUCGGAUGGUGCAGCCAAACCUGGUUUUGAGAAUCAGACCAGUGAUGAAGGGUCUUGGGCUGGCACUAUUGGACAGCCUAGUGGAGGUUCCAAGUCAGAGGCUCAGUCGGCUGGAAGAUCUUGGGCAGAUUCUGGAGACCAACUCAGUGGAGGGUUCUUGGUUGGACCUUUGGACCAGGCCAAUGGAGAGUCUCAGCCUGUCUCUGGGGAACUGGCUGCUAGUGGAGUAGAUCAGACUAGUGGAGGAGGAUGCUGGACUGGUUCUGGGGACCAGUCGGGUGGAGAAUCUAGGCUGGGUCCCAGGGACCAAUCUAAUGGAGAGUCUUGGCCUGGCACUGGAGAUCAGACUGGUGGAUGGUACUGUACUUACACUGGGACUCAGACUAUUGGAGGAGGCUCUUGGGUUGGGGCCAGUGGUCAGGAUGUUGGAGGGCCAAAGCCAGUGCACAUGAACCAGGCUACUGGUGGGGCCUGGCUUGGCACUGGGACUCAGGUCAGUGCAGUGCCCUGGACUGGUGAUCAAGUUGGUGGUUGUUCCAAACCUGGAUUUGAGGAUCAGGCCAUUGGAGGAGGAUUCUGGGCUGGUGCUGGGGACCAGACCACUGGAGGGUCCAGGCCAGCUGUGUCUGAGGAUCAGUCUAGUGGAGGAGUUUCCUGGGGUGGUGCUGGUGGUCAUGUUGUUGGAGGGUCUAGAACUGAUCAGUCCAGUGGCACGUCCUGGCCUGGCAUGGGGAGUCAGGUCAGUGGAGGGUCUUGGAUUGGAACUGUGGACCAGACUAGUGGCUGUACUAAAUCUGGAUUUGAAGAUCAGACAUGUGGAGGAGGCUCCUGGGUUGGUACUGGAGACCAGACUAGUGGAGAAUCCUGGCCUGGGUCUAGGGCUAGCAAUGAAGCCAGUGGAGGAUCUAGGCUCGAUUCUCAAGACCAGGCUAGUGGAGGGUCCUGGAUUAGGUCUGAGGAUCAGGCCAGUGGACGAUUCCUUGUCAGUGCUGAGGUGGAGGCUAAUGAAGGAUUUUGGUUUGGGCCUGGCAGUGAGGCCUUUAUAGGGUCGUGGUGCUGGACAGAAGAGGCUACUAUUUUGCCUGUAGCUGGGAUGAAAGAUGAGACCAGUACUGAAUCCACAUCAGGGACUAGGGAAGAAACCAGCAUUAGUUCUGGCUUAGGGGAUGAAAAGAAGACCAGUCCUGAAUCCUGGACCAGAUCUGAAGAGGCAGCUUUUACAGGCACCAGUGAUGGGGGUGAGGCUAAGACUGUGGCUGGAGCUGAGGCUGAAGUUGAUCCUGAAUCUAAGACUAGAGCUGAAACUAAGGCUGAGGCUGGAGCUGAGACCAAGGUUGAGGCUGAGGUGCGAGUGGAGACUAGGGCUGAGGCUGGAGCAGCAGCUGCAACUGUUUCUGAAGCCGGAGCUGAGGCAGGGGCUAGAGUUGAGGCAGGGGCUGGGGCUGAAGCUGGAACGGGGUUUUGGCCCUGGAAUGGAGAUGACACUACUAAAGGAUCUAGGCUUGGAGCUGAGGCUGAGGCUGGAGCUGGGGGAGGGGUAGAGGCUGGAGCUGAGACCGAGAAUAGCAUGGGAUUUUGGUUCUGGAAUGGAGAUGCAGCUACUAAAGGGUCUAAGCUUGGAACGGAGACUGAAGCUGAGACUGGGAUUGGAACAGGGACAGGGACAGGGACAGGGACAGGGACAGGGACAGGGACAGGGGUGGGAGCAGGAGUAGAGGUUCAAGCUGUGGCUGAUACCAGCAUGGGAUUUUGGUUCUGGGAUGGAGAUGGAGCCACUAAAGGGUCUAGGCUUGGGACUGAGUCUGAGGCUGGAGUUGGGGCAGGAGCUCAGGCUGGGGCUGAAGCUGUGGCUGGGACCAGCAUGGAAUUUUGGUCCUGGGAUGGAGAUGAAGCUACUAAAGCUUCUAGGCUCGGGGCUGAGGCUGAGCCUGGGGCUGGAGUUGUGGCUGAGCCUAGGGCUGAGACCAGUGUGGGGUUUUGGUUUUGGAAUGAAGAUUCAACCACUAAAGGGUCUGGGCUUGGGACUGAGGUUGGGGCUGGCUUAGGGUCUUGGACUUUUUCUACAAAUGUAAAUGAUGGUGAAGAUGAGGAAGAGGAGGAUGAACUAAGUAGAGAAUCCAGCCCUGGUAUUGAAGAGAUUAGUCUAAGAACCCUAUUUGGGGCCGAGAGUGAGGACAGUAAUGACCUCAGAUCUAUAAAUGAAAAAGAUGUCAAUUCUGAAUCUGGGACUGGGGAUAAGGCUGACGAUACUAAAGACCAGUUUGAUGCUGCUAAUGGAGUUGACAUAAGGUCUUGGUUUUAUACUGGUAAUGAAAACAAAUGUGAGGAUGAAUCUUCAUCUCAGGUGAAAGUCAAAAAGUCAACAGAAUCAAGGGGCAUAUAUCCAUCCAUGGUCCCUGGGGCAGGAAUGGGUGUAUGGGAUGGAACCAUUGUUUGUUCAGAAAGCAAAUUAUUACACAAAACAAGCUUUCCAGGUGAAGAUGGCUUCAGAAGGCAAGUCAGUACUGGAGUCAAGGUGCAUUCCUGCAACUGCCGCUGUAAACGUACUGUUAAUCUGGAUCCACACGAUCUUGAAAAACUCAUUUGCAUGAUUGAAAUGACUGAAGAUCCUUCUGUUCAUGAAAUAGCCACUAAUGCUCUAUAUAACAGUGCUGAUUAUCCUUAUCCCCAGGAAAUUGAUCGGAAUAUAGGUGGAAUUUCAGUUAUCCAAAGCUUAUUGAGCAAUCCCUACCCGAAUGUCCGGCAGAAGGCUUUAAAUGCACUGAAUAACAUCUCAGUUGCUGCUGAAAACCAUAGAACGGUUAAGACAUAUUUAAGUCAAGUGUGUGAAGAUACUGUCACUUACCCCUUGAAUUCAAAUGUGCAAGUGGCUGGACUAAGAUUGAUAAAGCACCUGACUAUUACUAGUGAAUAUCAGCAUAUGGUUACCAAUUAUAUUUCAGAAUUUCUCCGUUUGUUGGCUCUGGGAAGUGGAGAAACUAAGGACCAUGUUUUAGGAAUGCUUGUGAAUUUCUCUAAAAAUCCAUCCAUGACAAGAGACUUGCUAAUUGCCAAUGCACCAACAGCACUGAUCAACAUUUUUAGCAAGAAAGAGACAAAAGAAAACAUCCUUAAUGCCCUUUUACUUUUUGAAAAUAUAAAUCGUCAUUUUAAAAAAAGAGGGAAAACAUAUCCCCAAGACCGGUUCAGUAAAACUUCCCUUUAUUUCCUGUUUCAACGACCCAAAGCCUGUGCCAAGAAACUUAGAGCCUUAGCAGCAGAUUGUAGUGACCCAGAGGUGAAAGAAAGAGUUGAGGUAUUAAUAAAUAAACUCUGACUAUCUGUUUUCCCCCAAGUUUGAGUAACAUUUUGGUUUUUCAUCCUGGACAUGAUGCGCAUUGUAAAUUGCAUUAGAAUUUUGAAACUGGUGUUGCCUAUGAGGAUCUAUAGCUGGACAAUUUUAGGAACAACAAAUGAGUUCAAGCUUGUACCGAAAAUACAUGUGUCAAUUUUUAUCUUGUCUGGAUUGAGAUAUUUUUAGUAUGCUUCAUGAGCAAAACCCAACCGAUUCUUCAUAAGUAAGGUAAUCUUUGGUCCUUUGUGUGGACUUAUGUUUAUACAUUUGAGACUUUAUUUUUAUGUCAUCAAUAAAGUUGUGUGUUUUAAGAAGCAAAA